AUAGACCAGUUGAGAACCAGCGUUCUAGACCACUCAAAGCUGCUUUUACACUUCCUGUCACACCACAUUCACACAGUGAUGACAGAGGCUGCUACGCAAAGUGUCCGUCAGUAUUAACGAAUCCCAUCCAUACACAUUUCACAUGUUUUUUCUGUUUCUGUUUUUUUUCAACGUGUAGGGGGAAGAUGGGCACAGUCGGGGCCGUGGCAGUGGAUAGUGAGGGAGUUGUAGCCUGUGCGACCUCCACUGGUGGGAUGCUGAACAAGAUGGAGGGUCGGGUGGGGGACACACCCUGCAUAGGUUGUGGAGGUUAUGCUGACAACAACUCAGGAGCAGUGUCCACUACAGGCCACGGAGAAGCUAUCAUGAAAGUUGUUUUAGCCAGACUCAUCCUGUUCUACAUGGAGCAAGGUCAGUCAGCAGAGGCAGCCAGUGACUCUGCCCUGGUCUAUAUGAAGUCCAGAGUGGAUGGUCUUGGUGGUGUGGUGACGGUGGACCCUCAGGGUAACUGGGCCGCUCGCUUCUCCAGCCGGCAGAUGGCGUGGGCUGCAGCCCAGAAAGACACGCUGCACUACGGCCUGUACACUGGAGAGCACUUCACACAGAGCAUUGACGAGCCACACUGACACUUCACACAGUUUUCAGACUUUUUCAUUUGCACUAAUAGGAAAAAUCUACCGAAAUCAGAAAAUGAAUACUUCUUAUUUGAUUAGUUGUAUUGUGGAUGGACAGCUGUUGAUUAAAUGUACAGUCAGGUACCAGGAGAGGAGCCGUGCACAGACAGUCGAACACACAAUCUGUUUCAUUGAUUGUGUGAUAGAAACAUACUAAAAAGCCCAACUGAUUGGUUCUACUACUUGAAAUUAUCUUCAGUGAGUUAAGGCACUGAAAGCACUGUAGAGACCCCUUACGCACACAUUGCUGCAGCAGCAGGAUUCCUGAGGAGCCAACCUCUGACACCCUCAGAGUCAGGUUGACCUUUCCCACUCAGGCUUUCAUGGACUCAGAAGGCAGACGUCCAAUAACAAACAAUGUUCAGGUAAUCUGACACCACAGUGAUUGAAAAAUCAACAUCAAACUCCCUUUGUUUUUGGCCCCAGUUAAGAACUGUCACAAAAUGUUUAAUAAAAAGCAUUUAUGGUGCUGCAACCAACGUGUCCACCCUGUGAAGAAGAGCUUUUAAAAUCUAAAGAUUGUGUCCAUACCAGGAUGUAUUUCUGAGUAAAUCAGGAGGCUGUCUGGACAAAACGUGGGGAGGAACUUGAAUAACAAAGGGGCGUGUCUUAAACAUGGAUAACAAUACAACAGUUAAUUGGUGUGCACCAAUAGGAUAGCAGAAUUCCCCAUGGAGAGGCGUGAGACAAAUCUUUAUUACAGCUCUUUGAAAGGAGCUGCUUCUUAUGACUCCAUCUCUUACAUCAUUAUUUUUUUAGGCAGAGGGAGUAAACAUUACAGUAUAAAGCUUGAGAAGCUAACAGGCUUCACCAGGUGAAGCUGAGUUUGUCUUGUAGGACUUGGUCCUGGCUGUUUCUCAUUGUAAACUGAUCGAAGGAGCUGUUGAUUUCUUCUUUUGUUUCUACUUUUUCUACUUCUAUUACUUCUUCUUCAUUAGCAAAACCAGCAUUGCAUUAUGCUAACAACUACACUGGAGUGGAUUAAAGGGGAAUGAAAAUAAUAAAGGCCGGGAAGUUUAGACACAACGGUGAACGAAUGAUUCUCAUGUACGACUCAGAUUGACCUGUGAACCCUGCAGAGCUGUUAGAUUUAAUGAUUUCACUUUCAGGACAGUAAAAAGAAGUGACAUGUUGGUCUUUUUUUAAUCUGUGGUUGAACAAGAGCUAACAAACAAAUCUGAGCUCUGUGCUGCUAGAGAUGAAGAUUGAGUGAUGUCAGGAUGUUCAUGUAAUGAUGUAGCAGAUAUUGAAAUUCGUUUUUUAAAGUACACACACGCAGAAAAUCAUUUGUUGUGAACAGGUAGAAAAAAAUGUUUGCAUGUAUAUAGAGGAAAAUAUGAUUUGUUAAACUAUGAUGUACAAAGAUUACACAUUGAGGUGAUCAUAAAGGGACCAAAAUGUUUUUCUUCAUAUAAUCUUGACUUUGAAACAACCAAGUUAAAGUUAAGUUCCCCAAAUUACCAGCAAACUCUCCACCUUUAAAGCGUCUCUCACACUGACACAUGAAGUCCAUCUUCUAAAUCAGAAUAAACAGCAGUUAUCACAUAUUUAAAUUACAAACAUCUGUCCUAAUGACCGAAUAUUUACAGAUUCAGGUUGAUACACUGAGAACUUCUGUUAGAUGACAGUAAAUUUAAACCUUUGCAUUUUCUAAACACAGCCAUGAUCUUCAAACCAACCUCAGUUUAAAUACUAAUUUUCUAUUUUCGGUCACCCUUGUGAAAGAGAUAGUAAAUCUCUUUCAAAAUGGUGACCUGGACACGAGGGCAGCAGCACGUCAUAAUAAUAAUAAUAAUAAUAACAUACCUCCAUAUUAUCUCACAGGAUCUUACUGUAAUAUUAUCUUAGUACUGUAAAAUGAAACAUCUCCAUCAAUGCAAAGUUGGAACCAGAGCCAGUUAAUGUGAAAUAAUGCUGAUGAUCAAGUUCUGAUUGAAAUGCUGAAAUGAUCUUUUUGUGAAACAUUGAUUCUUAACUAUAAAAGUCUUAAUCUCUGA